AUGGGCCUUGCUUUAGCAAAGUCUCAGAAACCUAGGGCACCAGUCCCGACAGGCCAAUUGGCUGAAGAAGAUGAAGACGAAGUAGAUAUUACCAUACCUAUAAAGGUAGAAAAUGUGCACAUUGAUGGACUGAAGAAAACUGAGCCAAGCUUAGUUACAAAACAACUAGAGGGUUUACUGGAUGCAAAGUCGUUUGACGAGUUACUGGACAGUGCUGGCCAUGCAAAACUUCGUCUUCAAAGACUGGGGAUUUUUAAAGCCAUUGAAAUUUUUGUUGAUGUUAGCCGAAAGGAAGAUGCUUCACCAGAAGGACUGGAUGUUUACUUUCUUUUGGAAGAGUCUCGGUUUGUGACAGCAAAUGCAGGAACUAAUGUUGGAAAUAAUGAAGGAAAUAUGGUUUUUGGAGGCAAAUUGAACAAUAUAAGAGGAAUGGCUGAGAGUGUUCGGAGUGAUAUAUCAAUAGGAACAAGAUCAUCUUCCACAUAUGAACUUUCAUUCAGCAAGCCGCUUUUCAAAAACCCAGACUGCAAGCUGUUAGCUAAACUCUAUAAGUCAUCAACAGAAAUCCCACAGUCCUUUUACAAGCAAUGUUCAAGGGGUGUAGGUAUGGAAUUUACGGUACCUAGCCCCAUAGGAUUGCACAGUUUCAAAUACGAUGGUCAGUGGAGGGAAAAUUCUGAUGUAUCACCUAAAGCACCAUUCAUUGUUAGGGAGCAAUGUGGACAUGUUCUCAAGUCAUCAAUCCAACAUUCUCUGGUCAGUGAUGGUAGAGAUGAUCUUUUGCUUCCAAAAAAUGGACACUUUUUCAAACACGGCCUUGAAUUUUCUGGCAUUGGUGGAAAUGUCAAAUAUGUGAAAAGUGAAGUGGAAUUCCAGUUGAAUAAAGAAUUGAUCAGUGAUGUUGUACUUGGAAUGUCAUUCCAAGCUGGUGCCAUGAAACCAAUAGGGGAAUCAGACACCCUGAUAAAUGAUAGAUUUUUUCUUGGUGGUCCCCUUUCAGUGCGUGGUUUUAAAAUGAAAGGUAUUGGACCAAGGGUAAGAGAGGCCUCUUUAGGUGCAGAUGCCUUUUGGGCUGCAGGGCUGCAUAUGUACACCCCAUUACCAUUCAGGCCCGGAAAAGGGGGAUUUGGUGACCUCUUUAGGCUACAUUUCUUCGCAAAUGCUGGAAAUGCACAAGACAUGGACUUAACAGCUUACAAUCACAUGGAGAUGAACAAAAUGAUUAGGGAAGCAAGGUGGUCAUAUGGACUUGGCAUUAUGAUGAUGAUAGGUGGCAUAGCUAGGCUAGAAGUUAACUACUGCAUCCCAAGAAAUGCAAAGACAAGUGAUGGUUUAAACCCAGGACUGCAAGUUGGUGUAGGCAUGAACUUCUUGUAG